AUGGGUCAAAUUCUAUCACAACCUCUUACAGAUAAAGAAUCCGAAAGUGGUCAGAACAAACAUCUAGCAUACGGUUUAUCAUGUAUGCAAGGUUGGAGAAUCAGUAUGGAGGAUGCUCAUACCACAAUUUUAGAUUUGGAAAAGACAAACAACAACAACAAUAAUAAUAAUAAUGACGAUAUCAAGACAGAUGAUGACAAUUCUAACGAUGAUAAUGAAACUAAGACAGCAAGCACAAGCAAAAACACAGUGACUGACUCUACAGACCCAGUUGCAUUCUUUGCUGUGUAUGAUGGUCAUGGUGGUGAUCGUAUUGCUAAAUAUACCGGUGAUAAUUUAUACAAAUUGAUUACAAAAGAACCAGAAUUUCAUAAAGGAAAUUUCGGUAAGGCUUUACAAAACACUUUUUUAGCUACUGAUAGAGAAAUCUUGGAAGAUAAUGAAUUAAAAUUAGAUCAAAGUGGUUGUACUGCUACAACUGUUUUAUUAAACUCUAAAAAAAUUGUUUGUGCAAAUGCUGGUGAUUCAAGAACUGUUUUAUCUGUUAAUGGGUCUGCAAAACCUUUAAGUUAUGAUCAUAAACCAAAUAACGAAGGUGAACAUGCAAGAAUCUGUGCUGCAGGUGGGUUUGUUGAUAUUGGUAGAGUUAAUGGUAAUUUAGCCUUAUCAAGAGCUAUUGGUGAUUUUGAUUUUAAAAAAUCAACUGAUUUACCACCAGAAGAACAAAUCGUUACUGCGUUCCCAGAUAUUAUUGAACAUGAUAUAACUGAAAAUGAUGAAUUUGUUGUAUUGGCUUGUGAUGGUAUUUGGGAUUGUUUAAGUUCUCAACAAGUUGUUGAAGUUGUUAGAAGAGGUAUUAAUGAUCGUAAAUCUUUGGUGGAAAUUUCAGAAUCCAUUAUGGAUGUAUGUCUUGCCCCAUCUUCUGGAGGUUCAGGAAUUGGUUGUGAUAAUAUGUCCAUUGUUAUUGUUGCUUUAUUACAAGGUAAAACUUUAGAAGAAUGGUAUGAUCAUAUCAUUGCUAAA